AAAAGUCCUACGGAGACUCCCAUUCUUUUUAUAUUAAAAAAAAAUAAUAAUUUAUACUUCUAUAUAAACUAUAGGAAUUUUAAUAAGAUUUUUAUUAAAAAUUAUUAUUUUUUAUUUUUUAUUUUACAGAUCCUUAAUAGAGUUAUAAAUAAUAAAUAUUUUUUAAAGAUUAAU